AGGCAGCCAUAUUGAUUCGGUAACGCUGUCCUGGCUGCGACCACAACCAGUUUAGCUAGUAAAAAAAAAAAAAAAAAAAAAAAAAACGAGAGAGAUAAAGAAAAAAACCCGGGUUGGAUUUCUUCGUCACAUUGCGGUUUUUACGGUUAAUCUGCGUCACAAUCUAGCGGAGUCUUCACUAACGUCAGUUUAUCGCUCCUAGUCAACAAUGAAUCCUGAAUAUGACUAUUUAUUCAAGCUGCUUCUGAUUGGGGAUUCUGGUGUUGGGAAAUCUUGCCUCCUCCUCCGGUUUGCAGAUGACACGUACACAGAGAGCUAUAUCAGCACCAUUGGCGUGGACUUCAAGAUCAGGACUAUUGAGCUUGACGGAAAGACCAUAAAACUUCAGAUUUGGGACACGGCCGGUCAAGAACGAUUCCGCACCAUCACAUCCAGUUACUACAGAGGAGCUCACGGCAUCAUCGUGGUUUACGAUGUGACGGAUCAGGAGUCCUUCAAUAACGUCAAACAGUGGCUACAGGAGAUCGACCGUUACGCCAGCGAGAAUGUCAACAAGCUCUUAGUUGGCAACAAGUGUGACCUCACCACAAAGAAGGUUGUGGAUUACACCACAGCCAAGGAAUUUGCUGAUAGUUUGGGGAUCCCGUUCUUGGAGACCAGCGCCAAAAGCGCCACCAAUGUGGAGCAAGCCUUCAUGACCAUGGCGGCAGAGAUCAAGAAGAGGAUGGGCCCCGGGGCCACAGCCGGCGCCUCCGACAAGUCCAACGUCAAGAUCCAGAGCAAGCCCGUGAACACCUCAUCCGGCGGCUGCUGCUGAAACCCGACGGCCUCCAGCUGAACCCACGCACAGCCCAAGACCAGUCUCAAUGAUACCGCAGGGAGGGAGGGGGGAGAGGUGAGGGAGGGGGAGACGGGGAGACGUCCAGAGAGGACCGGUUUGUAAUCGUGUGUUCAGCUACAACAGCAGCUUCCCGCCCUGUCAGUCAGCAAUAGGACAGUAAAACCACAAACACGCUGGGAAUCGGCUUCUAGAACAUCGAGGCUUUUUAAGUGUGUGACCUAAACGAAACACCAUAAUCCAGCUUUUCUUUUUUAUUUUACUUCCAUCGUCCCUUUUGUAAAAUUGUCUUUUUCUUUCUUUGAUUUUGUCCCAAAUCUCAAAUGAAGCACAUGCUUAAACCAGCGUCACACGUGUUCCGCCCGGCGACACGCUCAGUGCAACUGGAACUCGAGUCGCCGAGUGAGCGGCUUCCGAUACGGCGCCUCACAGCGCUGUCUCUCCAAAAAUUAAAUGUGCCAGUGCCUAUGUGGCAGUUUUCCCUUGACGUCAUGCGUUCGGCACCGCUGUGCGGCCGACGUAUCGAGGCUUCUCGCUGCGACUUUCUUAAAGAAUCCACUUUGUAUGAUAGCGAUUAACAUUCCUGUAUAUAUCGUUAUAUAUUUGGCUCCUGUGCGCCCCUGCUGGUGUUCCUGACAUCUGGUAAGCAUGUGCUGCAUUAUGAGGCGUGAAUGUUGGCCGUGUGCGUUUAUCUGCUUGUUUCUUAAAAGCACAACCAGAUUGUGAGAAAUCCCCCCGCCGUCCCGCUCCACGAUCAUCUAGAACUGUAUAUAUUUAUACAUAACGGUCAGAAGCGAUGUGCAAACUGUUUAGAGGAGUGAGGGGGCGCUGUAAUUAGUGGUUUGCGGCUGCAGGGGGCGACAUUUUUGUGGUACAGUGUCGACUAUUAAAACAUGGAGAUCUUUGAUAA